AAAAUAGAAAUCGGCGUUCAAAAUUUUCAAAAGCUCAUUAUUACAUUUUCACCGCAAAGUCACGUAUACUUUUUAAUAUAUGGCACUUAUUCUUACCUGCCGUUUUUUGUAAUAAGUACUUUUUAUGUGCUCUGAUAUCAGAUUGAUGCAAGAAAAUUGAAACAGAUUAUAUUCUGUUUCAUCUGUGUUGUUUAUUAUUUAGAAGUUUGAAACAAGCGAGCUGCUUGCUGCAAUUAAUCAUUAACAAAAGUGACUGCUUUGAUGAUAGCAAAAUUGGAAAACAUAAUUUUGAUCACUUUCCCUGUGAAUUGCUCAUUAUUUUAUUUGGAAAACUCGAAAAAGUUCCUUUUAUUUUUUUUUCUCUUUUUGCAAUCGAGUGGCUUUGAAAUUCUCCAGCUAAAAAUUGUUGUUUAUUUUCAUUAUUAACACAGACUAUAACAAUAUCUGAGGAUCGUCUUUCUUAAAAUGGAUGAUAUUUAUUCCAGUACUAUUUUCGCUAACUCCACCUCCUCACUUGACUUCGGGGAAGGGGCACAGAUGGGUGAGUUGGGUGGGGACGAAGGAGUAGGAGGGAUGGGAGGAGGUGGGGACUUGGAUUGGUUCCAUUUCUUGUUCGAAGUGUUCCUCAUCUUCAUAUGUGUGGUGACUACUCUGUUGAAUCUGGUGCUGAUGGUGGCCAUCGCCACCCAAUCGGCAACAGACAGUCGGUCCCAGUCCACCCCCAACUAUGCAUACCUGAUCGCACUCAAUCUCACCAUCAUCAACUUCCUCGUCGGCGUCUGCGUGAUCGGGCCUCUAGUGGCUCAGAUGCACUUCAGGGGCAACGAGACUCUAUUCGGCGAGUGUGGCUGUCUCGUGUAUGCAUUCCUGUUCAACAUCUACCUUGUCGGAACCCCACUCUUCAUGCUUCUCAAUGCUGCCGAGAGAUACAUUGCAGUCGUAUAUCCCCUCAGAUUGGUGACGCUGAUCACCAGAAGGAGACUGUGGGUGGCCAUAUCGUCAGUGUGGAUCCUACUCAUUGUGUAUGGCCUGAUGACCGUGUUUGGGUCAGGACUAGUUCUCCUCGACGGUACCAGAUGGUGCGAGAUUGCACUGGUCGGCCUGAGUGCACAAGUUUCCAGUUUGGUCACGUCUCUUCUGCUGGUGGAUUUGCCGAUUGCAGGACUCAUUCUGUUCUACGGGGUCAUAUGUGUGAAACUAUGGCGCAGUGUGUCCACACACAAACAACUGCAGGAGACCACAGCUGCUGCUGGUGGUCGUAGCAGCAGCAACAAAAGCAGCAACAGCGCUGCAAUGGUCAAAGGGAAAUCUUUGGCAAACAUAAGCGAUGCCUCCGGGAGUGGGAACAGCAUCAACACAAAUAACAAUAACGGAGAAUGCACUUGCACCAACAACAACAAGCAGACCUACAAUCGUAAGUAUAUCAAGAACAACAGCGUCACAAGAUUAAAUAUCAGAGUUAUCAACAAGAACAACAACAAAGCACCUAUCGCCUCAAUGGAUGAAAGUGACGAAAAGCUGUUCGGAAAUGAAUUGACAGUUCCCUCCAGAGCCGGAGAGGGAUCGAACUCGGGAUCUGUGGGCGAAAGCGCGGGUGCAUCUUACUUGAAAAAUAGUAAUGAUAUUAUCAAAUCCUGUCUGGUCAGCGAGAAGAAUAAAGAUGAACGGAACAACAGAAGACUGAGAAACUUCCAAUGUUCGAGCAGUCACUCGCCUAUGCGGUCAAUCGGAUCCAGAUCAGUGACCACAUCGGUAGGGGACGGGAUGUCGUCGUCGGGGGGUACGAGUAUAGGCGGAGGAGUGUCAGGGGCAGGGGGAGGGGGGAGCGAGAGUGCGAUGCGGAGACGUCAGAGGACUACCCAGAUGUUGAUCAUCACUGUUGUUUCUCACACCAUGUGCUGUGUGCCGUUCAACGUCUACACGGUGUUACAAUACAUGCACCAAGGAAAAUUCCCGCGACAGGGAGUGAAAUUCGACUACUACUUGACCAUGUGGUCCCUUCCCGUACUCUUCUGCUCCAGUGCAGUCAAUCCCUUGGUCUAUCUGGCCAUGUCUAAAAACCUACGAGCCAAAAUCACUGCGAAACUACUGCCAUGUCUAACGAAGCCAAGAGCCAGUAACGUCGCAGCACCUUUGCGAACCACCUCCCAAACGAGAACCUUGUCAACGCAUCAGCGAGACAACAGAUGUCACUCCGUCGCCGCCACCACAGUCACCGCAACAAAUAAAAUUGCAGUCAGCAGCGAAAUAGUCGAGAGUGGUCUCGGACAUGACCAGGAAUCGAUCCGCCUCCUAUCGACCAAUGAGACAUGCAGUGACAGUUGCCCUUCAAAAACCGCACUGCAGAAAUGCGGGUACUCGCAGACUCCAUAUGGUCACAGGCGGCUAGCUGAAGACAGCAGGCUCUGAAACUAAA